UCACUGGAAGCUGCAAGACGCGAGUCGUAUCGUGCACCGCGUGUCAUAGCAACACAAAAAAACGAGCCGUCUAAUUAACUGACAUCAUAGCUCUCCGGACCAGCUUCCGGACAGCACAUCUGGAUACGUCGCAUACGUGCGCUGAUCACGUGCGCCGAUCAUGCGGGCUGCACUACAAGUCCUCCGUCGCGCGCCGCGGCUGCGCCACCAGUCGACGGCGGCCGCACAAAAGACCGUCGACGACGCCUUCCUCGCCUCGUUGGAAGCUCUGGCCACAACGUCGCAAUCGCCCGACGUGCGCAAAUUACAUGGAGACGACGAGAGCCACCACGAACCAAUUCCGCCCGAGGUCGUCGCGUUCCCCGAGAGCACGGAGGAGGUGGCCGCUAUACUAAAACUGUGCAACGAGCAGUCCAUCGCCGUCGUGCCCUACGGCGCGGGCACGUCCCUCGAGGGCCACAUCCAGGCGUCGCGCGGCGGCGUCUGCGUCGACGUGUCCAAGCUCGACCAGAUGGUCGCCGAGCACCCCGAAGAUUUGGACUGCCGCGUCCAAGCCGGCAUGACCCGCAAGGCCGUGAACUCCGCGCUGCGCCACACGGGUCUCCACUUCCCCGUGGACCCCGGCGCCGACGCGACGAUCGGCGGCAUGGCGGCCUGCGGCGCGUCGGGCACGACGUCUGUAAGGUACGGCACGAUGCGCGACAACGUGCUCGGGUUGACCGCCGUUCUAGCCGACGGCACGGUCCUGGAGACGGGCUCGCGAGCAAGGAAGUCGUCCGCAGGGUAUGAUCUGACGAAGCUGUUCCUGGGCAGCGAGGGCACUCUUGGCGUGAUUACGGAGGUCGCGCUACGCUUGCACCCGGUGCCCAUGUGCGUCGAGGCGGCGACGGCGCGCUUCGACUCGCUCGAGGAGGCGGCGGACGCCGUCCAGGCUCUGUUGCUGCACGGCGUCAGCGUCGCGCGCUGCGAAUUACUGGAUGCGACGGCCAUCGACGCCUUCAACGCAUUUAGUAAAAGAAACGAGGAGAGCUGCCCGAGUCUGUUCCUCGAGUUCAACGGCCCUACCUCCGAAGCCGUCGCGGCGCACACGGAGCUCGCUUUGGAAUUAUGCGCCGACUGCGGCGGCCGCGAUAUCAAGCGGAGCCAGGACGAAAGUGAAAGGGACGAGCUCUGGAAGGCGCGCCACGAGCUCUACUACGCGUCAUGCGCGCUGAAGACCAAUGGAAGGGCCAUCGUCACGGACGCUUGUGUUCCCGUGUCGCAAUUACCGGGCCUCAUCCAGGCGACGUCACGCGACGUGAAGGAGAACAAUGUCGUCGGACCCUGUUUUGGCCACGCCGGAGAUGGGAACUUCCACUGCAUCCUCGUCUACAACGACGAUGAUGAUGAAGACUACCUCGAGCGUCUCAAACAAGUGAACGCGAAUUUGAUUGAAAGGACGCUCGCGGCGGGAGGCACGUGCACGGGCGAGCACGGCGUCGGCUCCGGCAAGAAGGCCUAUCUGUUACGGGAGAAGGGCGCGGCGGCCAUCGACGCCAUGCGCUCUAUCAAAGCGGCGCUCGACCCCCGCGGCGUCAUGAACCCGGGCAAGGUCUUCGACUAGGCGCCGGCGCGCGCGGGCUUAAAAUAUGUGACACGU